AAAUCUAAAUCAGGUAGUCUUUCAUUUCCAAAGGAUUUUGAUCGACGUGUACCAAUUGAAACUGGAACAAGUGACAAACUAAACUAUUAUGGAUGUUGUCUGGCUAAUGAGAGUCAAGUGAAAGUAUCACUGUUACACCGUCAUGCCAUUCAAGAUUUUACCUAUAAUGAAAAUUAUUAUUCUGACUAUGUUAAGGGAAGAGCAGGCGUGGAAAAGCAUGAAUUUGCCCAUCUAGAUUGUCCGUUUCAAGAAGAUAGCGGCUUUUUUAUAUUGGGAAAGUUUUCUGAGGAUAAGGACAAUGAACUACAUUUAACAGCAUUUAAAAUUCCGGUAAAACAUACGCUUUAUGUGCCACCGUUAACAAUCCAUUCAAAUGAUUAUCUGAAAGGUAAAUGGCGUACAAUGUUAUCGGAUGCCACUCAGAUUGAUCAUGUUCUUCUCGAACAAGCAAGAUAUGAUGGACAAACAGAGCAAUUUCAAUUCGAUUUUAGGAACUAA